AUGUCCGAGCGUGAGGAGCUAAAGCGCCCGCUGGCUGACAGUAGUCUCGAGCGCAAGAAGCGCAAGAAGCUCAAGCUGGCCCGUCUGGCCCGGCAGCUGCAGGAUGAGAUCGGUGACGUUGUUGCCCCGGCCUCGGCCGAUGGUCAGUCCAAGAUCGGCCCGGCCUCCAUCAAGCCGGGGCUCACGCUGGAUGUGUCGAAGCUGACGACGAAGGAGCUGCGGAAGUUGCAAAAGCUUGCGGCGCGUGCGGAUGCCCGUGUCGCCGCCCGCCAGGCAGCCGCCGGGACUCUGCCAGGCGCGAGCGAUGCGACCGAUCUCAUGCCUGCGGCUCCCCCGGGCGCCGUGGGGAAUGUCCCUGCCCCGGCCCCGGCCCCGGCCCCUGCCCCUGCCUUGGCCCCCGUGGAUGCGGCCGGCCCGACAGUCGCCACGCAGGCUGCCGGUCUCGCCUCUGCCCCUCCCGCGGUCGCCGUGCCGGCCACCGUGCCGGCCAUCGUGGCCCCUGCUCGCGAUGCUCCCGCCAAAGACCCACAGCCCCUGACCGAGAAGCAGCUCAUGCGCCAGAAGCGCGACAACCUCCGGCGCGAGUCGGCCCUUCUGCCAAUCAGCUCCGCCGAGAGCAUUAUUAUCGACCAGAUCCGUAAGCACCAGGUGGUUGUUCUCGUUGGUGAGACGGGUUCCGGCAAGACCACACAGGUUCCCCAGUAUCUCCUUCGCGCGGAAUUCGGCAAGACCGGGGUCAUCGCCGUGACGCAGCCUCGCCGAGUGGCCGCCAUCACCCUGGCGCAGCGUGUUUCGGAGGAGGUGGGGACCCGGCUCGGGCACCGGGUGGGCUACUCCAUCCGCUUCGAUGAGUGCUCAUCCCCCGGGACGCGGAUCAAGUUCAUGACCGAUGGUAUGCUCCUGCGAGAGUUCCUCUCGGACGCGGAUCUGACCAAGUACUCGGUCAUCGUGCUGGAUGAGGCUCACGAGCGCACCGUGCGCACGGACCUGCUCUUUGGGCUGCUGCAUCAGAUCCUGGCCCGGCGGGCGGACUUGCGCGUGGUGGUCAUGUCGGCUACCAUUGACGCGGAGCGCUUCAGCGCCUUCUUCGGCGGGCCAUCCCGAUGCCCGAUCCUCUUUGUCGAGGGCCGCCAGCAUCAGGUGGUGCAGUACUUCCUCGAGCAGCCGACCGGGGACUACAUCGAUGCCGCGCUGGUGGCCGUGAUGCAGCUCCAUGUGGACGAAGCCCCGGGCGACAUCCUGGUAUUCAUGCCGGGCCAGGAGGAAAUCGAGUCGCUGGAGAAGAUGCUCAUCGAGCAGAGCCGUCUCCUGCCGGCGAACUUCCCCCUGCAGCUGUUGCCCCUGCCGCUGUAUGCGGCCCUGCCCCCGUCGCAGCAGGUGCUGGUGUUCCAGCCGGCGCCGGCCGGAGUGCGCAAGGUCAUCAUCUCCACCAACGUCGCCGAAACUUCGGUCACCAUCAACGGCAUCCGGUAUGUUGUGGACACUGGCUUUGUCAAGCAGCGCAUCUUCGACCCGGCCACCGGGGUUGAGCGCCUCGAGUCGCUGCCGGUGUCGAAGGCGGCCGCGCGCCAGCGAACCGGUCGUGCCGGUCGUGAGGCCCCGGGCAAGGCAUACCGUCUCUUCACCGAGGAGUCGUACCACAAGAACUUGGCCGAGAACACGGUUCCGGAGAUUCUGCGGACCAACCUGGCGUCGGUGGUCCUGCAAAUGAAGGCCAUCGGCAUCGAUGCCAUUCAUACCUUCCCUCUGAUUGACCGGCCGCCGCUCGGGGCGUUGAAGAAUGCCUUCGAACAUCUGUAUGCCCUCGGGUGCCUGAGCGACUCGGCGCACUUGACCCCCCUCGGGCGGAAGAUGGCCAGCUUCCCGCUGGACCCGAUGCUCGCCAAGGCGCUGAUUACCUGCGGGGCGGCCGAGCCGCCGGCCGGUGGGAGUGGCGCUUCGGCCGAUGCCUGGACCCGGGCCCUGGCCAGCGUGGCGCCCGAGCUCCGGUCCCAUGUGUCCGGCAUCGUGGCCAUGCUGUCGGUGGAGAAUGUCUUCCACACCCCGCUCGAGGCGCGGGAGAAGGCCAACCGGGCGCGGCGCCGUUUGGCCGCCGCCUCCGGCGACCAUGUUACCCUGCUGAAUGUGCUGCGGUCCUUCGGGGCGGCUGGGGCCCGCAAUGCCCGGAAGUGGGCUGACGACAAUUUCGUCAAUGCCCGGAGCAUCGCCCAGGCCAAUGACAUCGAGCUGCAGCUGGCGCGCGUGUGCGAGCAUGCCGGGCUCGGGGUCAUUCAUCCGACCACCGCGGCCGCCGGGUAUCGGGAGUUCAACCGGGCCGCGGCCGGGAGCUCGGCCGGCCGAUCGGCCGGCUUCGGCGCUCUGGCUGGCGUGUCGGAUGUCCCGUCGGCCGCCCGCUCCGUGGCCAUGCUCAAUGGGUCGGCCGUCGGGGACAAUCCCUCGCCCGAGGCGGCGGACCUGCUGCGUGCUCUGCUCUCUGGCCUCUUCCAGAAUACGGCCCUGCUGGAGAAGGAUGGCGUCUACCGGACCACCAUCAGCCGGCAGCGGGUGUUCAUUCACCCCUCGAGCGUGCUCUUCGGCAAGAGCCCGCCCCCGCGGUGCCUGAUGUUCAGCGAACUGGUUGAGACCAAGAAGACCUACGUCAAGACCGUCAGCGAAAUCGACCCCGCAUGGCUGGCCGAGGUGGCCCCCAAGUACUUCGGUCGGCUGUCGCCCUCCACGGCCUCCUCUCAGGGUGAUGAUGGCGAUGCCAGCACGACCCCCCGCAAAUAGACGAUCUGCUGCCCCGUACACGCGCCCCCCCC